AUGCCUCAACCACUGAGCUCCAAGGAGAACUCGCUGUUUCGCCAGCUUGCCGCUGAUCAGAUCCUCAAAAAGCAGCCCAACCAUGGCGACACCCAGGCCAUGAAGGCGCUGAUCCUGAACUCGCAAGGUCAGACCGACGAUGCAUUUGCGCUCGCCAAGCUCGCUCUCAAGAGCGACGUCAAGUCGCACAUUUGCUGGCACGUUUACGGCAUUCUCUACCGCUCCGCCAAAAACUAUGACGAGUCCAUCAAGGCGUACAAGUUUGCGCUCAGGCUCGAGCCCGACUCGGUGCAGAUCCAGCGCGACCUCGCGACGCUGCAGGUGCAGAUUCGCGAUUAUCAGGGAUACAUUCUGAGCCGGAAGGACAUGCUCAAGGCGAGGCCGCAGCUGCGCCAGAACUGGACGGCAUUGGCCGUUGCAUACCAUCUGGCGGGGGAUUACACGAAUGCCAUCGACAUUUUGGAGAGGUUCGAGGAGACUCUCAAGAACCCCGUGUCGCGGUCAGACAUUGAGCACUCGGAAGCCGUUAUCUACAAGAACACCAUCAUGGCCGAGAAGGGAGACGUCGAGGGGGCUUUGAAGCACCUUGACACCAUCAUAAAGACCAAUGCGGACAGGACGGCAGUGAUGGAGCUUCGCGCGGAGUACCUGCUGAAGUUGGAUCGCAAGGAAGAGGCGGAGAAGGCAUACCGUGAUCUUCUGGAGCGCAACAGCGAAUACCGUUUGUACUAUGAUGGCUUGGAAAAGUCUCUUGGUCUGGACAGGUCAAAUCCGGAGUCGCUGGAAAAGCUGGAGGAGCUGUACAGGUCGUUUGCCGAGAAGAGCGAGCGCUUGGACGCCGCCAGGCGGAUACCAUUGGACUUCUUGGAAGGUGACAAGUUCCGCACAGCUGCUGACAGCUACCUGCGGAGGAUGCUGAACAAGGGUGUGCCAUCGACCUUUGCGAACGUCAAGGCGCUGUACCAGGACCCCGCCAAGCUGAAGACUAUACACGAGUUGGUCGUUAGUUACGAGUCGGAGAAGCAGGCCAACGGCUCCGCAAGCGAGCCGGCUAACGGCGAGUCCUCGAACCAAUUCGAGAAGGCUGUGCUGUACUUCCUGGCCCAGCACUACAACUACCACCUCAGCCGUGACCUGUCCAAGGCCAUGGAGUACAUUGACCGCGUGAUCGAGAUGGACCCGAAGUUUGUGGACUACACCAUGACCAAGGCGCGGAUAUGGAAGCAUCACGGCAACACGGCGAAGGCGGCUGAGACCAUGGACCAGGCCCGGCGCCUGGACGAGAAGGACCGCUACAUCAACACCAAGUGUGCCAAGUACCAGCUGCGCAACAAUGACAACGAGACUGCCCUGGACACGAUGAGCAAGUUCACGCGUAACGAGGCCGUCGGCGGCGCGCUCGGCGAUCUGCACGACAUGCAGUGCAUGUGGUACAUCACUGAGGACGGCGAGGCGUACAUGCGGCAGGGCAAGCUUGGCCUGGCGCUCAAGCGCUUCCAGGCCAUCUACGACAUCUUCGGCGUCUGGGAAGAGGACCAGUUCGACUUCCACACCUUCUCGCUGCGCAAGGGCCAGGUCCGCGCCUACAUCGACAUGGUCAGAUGGGAGGACAAGCUCCGCGAGCACCCCUUCUACAGCCGCUCCGCCAUCUCCGCCGUCAAGACCUACACCAGCCUGCACGACAACCCAGCGCUGGUCAAGGAGAGCAUUGAGAAGAGCAAGCUGUCCAAGAAGGCAAGAAAGGAGGGCGAGAAGAAGCCCCCUGCCAAGCCCCAGCUCGACUUCAACGGUGAUGUCAAGAAGGAGGACACAGACCCGAAGGGCGAGGCACUGUUGAAGACGGACAAGCCGCUCGAGGUUGCGAUGAAGUUCCUUGGCCCCCUGCUGGAGCAGAGCCCCAAGAACAUUGAGGCGCAGAACGUCGGCUUCGAGGUCUUCCUCAGGAGGAAGAAGUACCUCCUCGCGCUCAAGUGCCUGCGCGACGCGCACGCCAUCGAUCCCGAGAACCCCACGCUGCACGAGCAGACGGUCCGCUUCCAACAAACCCUUUCCACCCUCCCCGACGCCGAGAAGCUCGACGACAAGGUCUCGGCUGUCAUCAAAUCCACCUUCACUCUCAUCCCCGAAGGCACCACCUCCGCCGCCUUCACCGACGCCUACCUGUCCAAGCACGCGGGCUCCACGGCCCACGUCCUCGGCGGCCUGCGCGCCCGCCGCGCCAUCGACCCCAAGGCCGAGACGACGGAGCCGGCGCUCGCGCUCGCGCGCGCAGACAACGCGACUGUCGACGACGCGCGCCUGGUCCUGGCUGCGCUGACGCAGUGGGGCGCCACCGAGAGCGCGGACGCGCUGCGCAAGGAGGCCGGGGACAAGUGGCCCGAGGCCGUGUUGUAA